AUGCCUAUUCUCAUCAGCUUGGCGAAAAAAGUACUUCAGCCUUCGGGCUUGUUGCGUUACGCACCUUAUCUUCUGAUCCUCCCGAUCAUUGUCUUUCACGCGUUGUCCCUGACGGGAUGUGUUUCGACCUCCCCCGCGAUCCCUAACAUCUACGUCGUCGAUCUACGAUCCAACACCAACGUAACCGAAGACCUCCUCAAGGUCCGCAUCGGCUACUACGGCAUCUGCGGCAUCGACGAAGACGGCACCCGCUGCCAAUCCGCCAGCGGCCGCUCCGUAGAAACCCUCGCCUCCAGCCUCUUCCCCAACCUCAACCUCAACUCCACCUCCAACUCAACCAACAACAACCCCCACAAAUCCGAAAUCACCGACCUCGUCUCCCACCGGCCCUCGGACCUUCCAAUGCCCGCACCUUCAAUCUCAGUCCUCGCCGCCGGCCGCGGUUACUCUUUCGUCCUCAGGCGUGGGCAGCGCUGGUUCCUCCUUCCAGCGCGACGUUCGCCUCCAAGCGCGGCGAGCUACCCGGACCCGCACCCGCACCCGCGCCGCAGCAACCAUCAUCCGCCGCGUCACCUACGCCAUGCUGUUCGGCUCCACGGGCCUGGUCUUCGCGGCGGCCCUCGCCACCAGCCCAGUCGAGCCGGCGCCCUGGAGUACGCGUCCGAGGGCAUGAGCCAUGCGUCCGUGCUGAUCAAGAGCGGCACCACCCUGCAGGUGCUGCAGUGGACGACGUUUGGGUUCGAAGUGCUGUUUGCGUUGGCCGUGCCGUUUUUGGUGAGGUAUAGGGGCGUCGCGGCGGUGGGAUAUAAGGAGGAGGCGUGA